CGACUUGAUCUAUAUAGAUUUUUUUCCCUGAUUGUAGAUUUUUUUUUGACCAUCUGGUCUAUAUUAUAAUUUUGUCCGAUUUCGUCUCCUGAAUUCCAUCAAUGUCGUCUCCGGAGAAGAAGAAGGAGAAGGUGGAGGAGCUCCCCUCGAACCCAACUCCUUCACUUCCCGAUGAACUGCUCACAAGCUGCAUCGCACGCCUCUCAAGACUGUACUACCCGACCUUCUCCCUCGUCUCCAAGAGCUUUGGAUCUCUUCUCGCCUCACCGGAGCUAUACAAAGCCCGAUCACUCUCGUCCCGCACCGAGAGCUGUCUCUAUCUCUGCCUAGAGUCCUCCUCAGACUCUCGCUGGUACACCCUCUGCCGAAAACCCGAUAAAAACAAAGAUAACGUCAGCAAGAAGUCAACUAGUUAUGUUCUGUCUAAACUCCCAUCACUCCGCUCUGCUCCUCCCGCCGCCGUUUUCACCGGUCUCGUCUCCGUCGGUUCCGACAUCUACAACAUCAGAUCCUCCUCCAACGUCUCGGUUCUCGACUGUCAGGUUAACACGUGGCGAAAAGCCCCGAGCGUGCCUGUGGAGCUGAUGACGUUCUCCGCUUGCGUCGUUGACGAGAAGAUACACGUGGCAGGGAUCCACGCCGAGUCGUUGAAGAACGUGUCCAUGGUGUUGGACGCGAGAACGGGAACGUGGGAUCACGUGGUGCCCAUACCUACCAGCCUGACGAGACGCGGCGUUUUGAACAUGAGAAGCGUGUGUAUCGACGGGAAGCCACACGUGGCGAUUGAUAGAGGUGUGGUUUGUUAUAACUCACUGGAAGGUAAGUGGGAACGUGCCAAAUCGAAUAUGGGUACUUUUUGGUUUUCAGAUUCUUAUUGCGAGGUAGAUAAUGUUUUGUACACUGUUCGCGAUGGAGAGUUGAGAUGGUACGACGGUGAGGUGAACGCUUGGAUAAGCGUGGAGGGUUUGGUCGGACUGCCUAAGUUCUUGCCUGGUGUUUCUGUUAGAUUGUGUGAUUAUGGUGGUAAGAUGGUGGUCGUGUGGGACAAGGACAUGCUGUCUAGUGGCGAGAAGAUGAUUUGGUGUGCUGAGAUUGCGCUUGAGAGGCGUGAGAUUAGUGAGAUGUGGGGAAAAGUUGAGUGGAUUGAUCAUGUGCUUACUGUUCCUAUAGGUUAUUAUAUCGUCAAGGCUCUUGCUGUUACCGUUUGAUGAAUGUGUCGUCGUCAUCAUAUGAUCAUUUUUAUAUUUGCAAUGUGUGUGAUCUUUUGGUAUUUGGGACUUGUAUUAUGAAUUAAUGUACUCGUCUUAUUGUUUCACUU